GAGCCAGGAACGUAUCUCUGUUUUACCGCGAAAUUCCUCCUUCGAAACGAAACUUCUAUCGCAUGUAUUUUGAAAACGACACGUUUUCUAAUCGUGAAAUUUUGCAAAUAGGUUACUUAAACAAUAAUCUCUAAUAAGUGUUAAAAUUCAAGCAUCCCAAAAAAAGAUCCAGUUUGCCUCUGGCAUCACUUAAAUUACAAUAAAAUUCUUAACUUAAACACGUGUCGUCCAGGAGCUAUAACUUGUUCAAAUUACAAAAAGGAACCCAGCAGAUCGAGUUGGUCCGGUCCCGUAAAUCAAGUCAGACGGGCAACACAACAAUCAACGCUCCCCUUUAUUCUGUGCCUAAGUACGAUACAUUUCUAAACAGAGAAAGGUUUGGUUAACAAGUGAUAUUUGCAAAGUGUUGUCCCAUUAACCAUGAUCUGCAAUGCGUCUGAAACCAAUUCAUGCGGAGAAGGAGGUGUUUGUGUUAGUGCCGCAGCAAAUUUCAGUUCCUGUUUUUGUAGCGAGGGCUAUAUUUUCAACGAUGGCGGGCUUUGUGAAGUGCCAAGAAUGCCCAUGGACUAUUCAGCGGUGGCUUCUUUUUGCUGGCUGUGUUUUUUGCUUGUUUUGGGAAAGUUCCUUCGCCUCUAUAUAUGGUUAUUUCAAAAGCUUUACCUCCCCGCCUCGGUCAUCGGCGGUACCAUUGGGCUAGUUGUACUUCAAGUAGCUCGUCUCGAUCAAAACGUUUUCAAAUUCAUGGCGGUGAAUUUCACGAGAGGAUGGUACAAUCUGGCAGGAUUUCUGAUAAACAUUGUUUUCUCCUCCUUGUUUCUUGGCACCCAAAUCCCUAAAGUGAAGGUGAUAUGGACACAGGCUGGGCCUCAGCUAAUGUACGGCAUGAUCAUUGCCUGGGGACAGUGGAUUGUGGCACUUGUUGUCACCGGUGCUCUUCUGGUGAGGGUGCAUUUAGGCAAACCAAAUUAUAUAUAUGCCUGUUUUUGGUGUCAGUCCAUUAUUUGCAACUAUUCUACCUGUGGGGUUUGCAGGAGGUCAUGGGACUGCAGGAGGACUCACACCAACAUACAAGACAGGUUUCCCAAUGGUGGUGACUUUGGUUUGGCCAGUGCCACCUUGGGACUUGUUUUCUCCGUUAUUUGUGGUGUUAUGUGGGUUAACAUUGCUACUCACAGAGGAUGGGUCAAGCAGGAAAGAAUUGACGCUUCUAAGGAAGUCAAGAUAUCCAUAAGGGGUGUGUAUACUGUAGGGAGUCGACCCUCAGCUGGAGUUCAAACCGUGAGAGCCAGUUCCAUAGAUGUGUUGGCAUUUCACCUUGCAGUGCUUGGGAUAGCUAUAUUGAUUGGGUAUGGACUGAAACAGGGGUUGAUUGCCAUUGAAAGUACAUCACAGAAGCUCAAGGAUCUUAACUUUCUCUCUGGUAUUCCUUUAUUCCCAUUGUGUAUGGCUGGAGGAAUCAUUAUCCAGCUUGUUAUUGAGAGAAUUCAGAAGAUUAAUGAAUUGAUUGAUGCAUCUCUCAUGGAACGCAUAGCCUCGUCUUCUUUGGAUUUCCUUGUCACCUCAGCUAUUGCCAAAGUUGAUGUCUCAGCCAUUGCUGUUGACAUUGCCCCCUUAUUGAUCCUGUGCACCUGUGGCUUUAUCUGGAACUUUGUCAUGUUGGGUUGUGUUUCAAGGUUCUUGUUACCCAACCACUGGUUUGAAAGAGCAAUUGCAGACUUUGGAAUGAACACUGGUGUUAUUGCAACAGGGCUAAUUCUCCUACGAAUGGUGGAUCCAGAAUGUCGCACUCCAGUUCCUGCUGACUUUGCCUUCAAACAGCUUCUUCACUCUCCAUUUAUGGGUGGUGGCAUCUGGACUUGCCUGGCACUUCCCUUGCUGAGUAUCCUGAACAUCUGGGUGGUUACACUCAUUGCAGCAGUUGUGUUCUGCUUGUGGCUGUUGAGCUACUUUUUCUACUUUCGCAAGCACUACACUGAAACAUGUGGCUGUGGUCUGUGUGCUGAGGAGAAGCCCAUGUCUCAUUCAAAUCAAGUUGGUUAUGGCAGUUUACAGGGAGGGGGCAGUCAGGAAAUGAAUGGUGUCCAUGUUGAGAAAGAAGAGGAGAGCAAAUGAUCAAACAAAAAAUGUAAACAAUGAAGCUCAUGUGGAGCAGAUACAAGACCAGUGAAACUGUUUGGUGUCUCUUAUUUUCUGUAAAACAAACUUGUUUGAGUUGUAAAAACCACAAACAAUGAAAACCAGUAAGGGGACAUUUGUGUGUCAAAUGUUUCACUGUAAUGUAAGUGUACAUUUUGAUGCUGUUGUUUUUAAAAAAGAAUGUAAAUGUUAAAAACGA